AUUGCAUGGUCAGGUUUUACACCGAGUUUUUUUGGGAUGGAAGUGUUGAGUAGAAAAGAUUUUCCAAAAGUAAAUAUCUCAAAUGCAGUCAUUGGGUUUGGAUCUGAAGAGACUCAAUUUGUUCUGGGACUCACCCAACACCACAGUGCAGUUGACAAAUUGGAGCUCGGAACAGCCUUCAAUCAUUUCGGAAUUACAACUCAAGAUAUUUAUACAAUGGUUGAAAAAAUUCGAGCUGCUGGUGGGGUGAUCACUCGUGAACCAGGGCCAGUUGCACCCGGCGGGACUACCAUCUACGCCUUUGUGAACGAUCCCGAUGGCUACAGUUUCGAGCUCUUCCGCAGGCCGCCAACUCCAGAACCACUUAAUCAUAUAUGUCUUAACGUGGUUGACAUUGAUCGUUCUAUUGACUUCUACCAAAAGGCUCUGGGAAUGAACUUACUAGUGCCAAAGUACAACAAUGCUCAAGAGCAGUAUACUGUAGCUAUGGUGGGCUAUGGAUCCAACUAUACUCAGACGACCGUCAUCGAGCUGCAAUAUAACUAUAAUGUGACAGAUUAUACCAAAGGAAAUGGAUAUGCACAGGUAGCUAUUGGCACCGAUGAUGUAUACAAGAGUGCAGCAGUUGUUGAACAGGUUAUCCAGGAACUUGGUGGGAAAAUAAUUCAACCACCAGGUCCAAUUCCAUUUAUCAAGACCAAAAUCACUGCAUUCCUUGAUUCAGAUGGCUUUGAAACGGUGUUGGUGGACAAUCAAGAUUAUCUUAAAUAUCUAAAGGAAGAGUGAUGAAGCAAAAUGCCUUGCAUUAAUUUGGGUCUUGCUUAUGUACGUUUUUCGAUUUGAAUUAUAGUUUUUA